CUUAGUUGUCCCGGAAUUAAAUCUUUGUUCUUGUUCAAAAAAAAAAAGAAAAAGUGAUUUCGUAUCUUCUUACUGCAGAGAUCGGGAGCCAGUAACCGAUUUAGAAUCCAUCAACAAGAUCAAAUGGUGAACAGACCACCUCAAACACAGUCGAGAAUUACUCAUUCUUUUACCUCCUAGUUUUAGUGCUUCCAAUGGCCUCUCCUUCACAACCCGAUUGGAUUUAUGAGGUCUUUUUGAGUUUCAGAGGCCCAGAGUCUCGUCAUGCGAUCAUCAGCCAUAUCUAUAGAGAUCUAGACAGGAGAGGAAUAUACACAUUCAAGGACGACGAGAAACUCAAGCAAGGAGAGCCGGUAUCGCAGGCGCUCAUCGAGGCGAUUGAGAAAUCACGCAUUGCGGUCAUCAUUUUCACCCCAGAUUUCGCCUCUUCGGCGUGGUGUCUGAAAGAGGUAGCCGAGAUCAUGGAGUGCAAGAAAACAAAAAACCUCAUUGUUCUACCAGUGUUUUACUGUGUGGAUCCGAAUGAAGUGAGAAACCCAAGAAACGAAUACAAAGUAGCUUUCGAUAAACACGAUGAAAAGCCCAUAAAGGAUCCGGAGGAUGCGAAGAAAUGGAAGGAAGAGGUGGAGAAAUGGAAGAAAGCUCUUGAAGACGCUGGAAGUUUGUAUGGGAGCGAAUUUAAUGUCUGGGCCGUUGCGGAGUCCCCCCAGGAGACCCCCAUCCAUUCAAAAAGCGGGGAGUCCAGGGUCGGUGCGGAGUCCCUCCAAGAGACCCCCAUCCAUUUAGAAAGCAGGGAGUUCAGGGUCAAGAAGAAUUUCAGGAAGGGGACCUCCAUCCAGACAGGAGGCCAGUUCAAAAAUGAAGCAGAGCUCGUGGAAAGCAUUGUAAGGGAGAUCUGGAUACAGCUAAACCCAACACCCUUGCAUGUUGCUAAGUUUCCAGUUGGCUUAGUUUCCCAAGUGGACAAGCUGAUAUCAAAGUUGAAGAAGGAGUCUGAGGAAGAGGUUCUCAUAAUUGGUUUUUGCUCGAUGGGUGGUAUGGGCAAAACAACUUUAGCUAGAGCCUUUUAUAACUCUAUUUUUAAAGACUUCGAAGGGUCUGCUUAUGUAGAUGACAUCAGAGGAACUCUGCCACAAACGGAAAAGAUGGUUCUUUUGCAAAAAAACCUGCUAUCCCAGAUGUUAACGAUGCGAAAGGAAGAAAUAUUAUUGAACAGUGAUGCUGAAGGAAGCCGUUUAAUAAAAGAUAGACUUUGUCGCAAAAGAGUUUUCCUUAUUCUUGAUGGUGUGGAUGACAUGGGCCAAAUAAAUAGUUUAGCUGACAGGCGCGAUUGGUUUGGUAAGGGAAGUAGGAUCAUCAUCACGACAACAGAUGAAAAUUUGCUCAACGCAAUUGGAGCUGAUAUCCAUAAAGUUAAGCGUCUAGGCGAUCCUGAGGCUCGUGAAUUAUUUAGGAAGCAUGCUUCUGGAAGUAGAAACAGAAUAAUAAAGGGAGAUCUUGUAGAUAGAGCUCUGCAACAUACUCGAUGCGUUCCUUUAGCUCUAGAGGUGUUGGGUCGUGCCUUCGCAAGUAGUGAAGAAAAUGAAUGGAAAAGUAAACUGGAUGAUUUCGCUGAAAGCUCUGACCAAUCCAUCAAUAAAGUGCUCAGAAUAAGCUAUGAUGCAUUGGAUUAUAAGAAGCAGCAGAUUUUUCUCCAUAUCGCUUGCUUCUUCAAUGGGUGGAGUAGAAGAUACGUUGAAGGUGUUCUUAAGAAUUGUGAGCUUCUAGUAGAAACAGAAGUAAACGAUCUCAUUCGAAGAUCCUUGAUAAUGGAUGAGAAUGGGACCCUAAGAGUGCAUGACUUGAUUGAGUUGAUGGGUAAAAAUAUUGUUGUCGGUGAAUGUCAUGGUGAUGUUGCCAAACGUAGCAGAUUAUGGCGCUUGAUGGAUAUCCGCAACGUCCUAUCAAGAGAUGUGGGGACAUAUGCAGUAGAAGCCAUUGUAUUGGCACCACUAGAGCCGGAAAAGAUAGAAAUUUGUUCCGACGCUUUUCAAAAAUUGGAAAAUUUGAGAUUCCUCAUAAUGAUUAACGUCCAGACUGAUUUUCGGGAUCCCAUCUAUCUCCCUAGAGAGCUAAGAUGGUUUGAAUGGCCAGAGUGUCCCGCCUCCUGUCUAAAACUUACCUAUCCGGACAACCUGGCAGUACUUGCUGUGCGCAGACGCCUUUUUAAAGAACCGAGGGAACCAUGAUUUAAAGUCCGCAUGGUUUUUGGCUGCAUUCCGAGGAACUUGGAUUAGAAAAGAGAAUCCCAAUUCCUAAGGCCAAGAGUUAGAGAUUUAUAUUUGAAAUUUUGUGUAUCUCAUUUGGUUCGUAUAUCUUGUGAGAGUGCACCAUUUUUCAUUGAUUAUGCAUGUCAUCGAUUUUCAUUGUGUAAAGUCUCUAAAUAAGCUCAUAUAACCUUUAUUAUUGAAUAAAUAGAAAUUACACAA